AUGUCUAAUAAGGAUUCUGUGCAAAAAUUAGAGGGUCACGUUCAAGAACACAGUUCAUACCAGGUUUGCCUCACAGACCUAAACACCACACUGGAUGAUAUCUCCAAGGAAUAUUUCAGUCUUUGUGGUGGAGCUAAGAACCAAAUAAUGGCUAAGGAGAAAAUACAGAAAUUACAGGGACUGGAGAACAGACUCCGUUUCCAGGGCGGCGCAUUAAAGAAGGCUUCUGCAUUAGCAAAAUCCAUCAAGCAGAAUACAUCUUCAGUGGGACAGAAGAUUAUUAAAGAUGACAUAAAAUCACUUAAGUCUAAACAAAAGGAUUUGGAAAACAGAAUUGAAUCUGCCAAGCAGGAGUCUGAAAACGGUCUCAACAGCAUCCUUAAAUCCAAAAUCUCGACAGAAAAAUAUGUAAAGUUUUCUCUGCCAGGUGAAGAGAUGCCGGCCACUUCUGAGGUGCCCAAGCCCACUCAGGAGUUGGCAGCAGUGGGCGAGUUGGGGGGAGCCCGGGAAACAAGCACGCUUCUGAGCGUUGAACUUGAGUAUACAGGAUUGCUUGUCUAGCACGUGUAUGCACCACGUCAUCUCCCCAGUGGCCAAGAUGUUAUCCUCUUUACCAACUGGC